AUUUUAUGUUAGAAUCCAAGAAGCCCAUCUGCCCAUGUUCCUCUAUUUUUAUGUACCAAUAAUCAUUCCACAUUGUCACAUUGUUCUUCACUCUAUAUAUCACACACACACACAACAAACUCUCUCACAUUUAAAAUCCUCUUCCUAUCAUGGGGAAACAAAUCCACAUUGGGAAUCUACUACCUCAAACCAACCACUUUUCUCCAUCCAAUUCUUCCACCACUUCCACAUCCAACUCCUCCUCCUCUUCAUCAUCUAAUUCUUCCUCCACUGAGAAAAUGAGUAAAACCCAAAAACCUAGUAACCAAGGCGGCCAGAAGAAUGGGAAUGAAAACAAGAAGAAUCGUCGGAAUAAUGGAGAUUCCACCGUUGAUGAGAAGCACCCCACUUACCGGGGAGUCCGGAAACGGAAUUGGGGCAAAUGGGUAUCCGAAAUCCGGGAGCCGAGGAAGAAGUCGAGAAUAUGGCUCGGCACAUUUCCGACGGCUGAAAUGGCGGCUCGGGCUCAUGACGUAGCCGCCUUAGCCAUUAAAGGUCACUCGGCUUACCUCAACUUCCCGCAUUUGGCUCACGAGCUCCCCCGUCCGGCCACCAAUUCGCCCAAGGAUAUUCAGGCCGCCGCCGCCAAGGCAGCGUCCCUCGCAUUUCCCGACCAGCUCGAAAAACACGAGGACGACGACGAAGCCAGAGCUGAAGCCGAGCCCAGCCGAGCCGAGAUGCCAACUUCUCACUCUUCGUCGGAUUUAUCGUCGCAACAAGAAUCACCGAAUUCUACGUGCACUACUGAUGUUGAUCACGGCGACGAGACGUUUUACGACUUGCCGGAUCUUUCCUUCGACAGCUCCGACCACCACAAGGAUGUUUAUAGUAUCUGUUUUUAUGCUUCAUCAUGGCAGCAGCAGCCACUUCAGCUCACCGGAGCCGAGCCGGCUACAUUCCGGCUUGAAGAGCCGUUUCUUUGGGAAUGCUUCUAGCUAAUUAUAAUUAGCUUAAUACCCUCCAAUAUGUCUCUCUCUCUCCCUCAUACAAUGAUAAUAAUAAUUCUGUUUUAGUUUCUAAACAUAACAACCAUUCUGUUCCAACUCUUUUCUGUUCCGGAAAAAAUAGUUUACUUUGUUGAAUUAUAACAGUUUAACAAAGUAGAUUUUUUUUUAGGCCGAUGGUUUCACUACUAACUGUAUUCAUCUUUUGUGGUAAAAAAAAAAUGUACAGCCAUAUAUCCCUUUUACUUUUUUGCAUGUAAAUUUUAAAGAUAGAAACCCAAGAUUAAUUUUAUCGAAAUUCAUCAUGAGUUUGGUUGUGAGAGUAAUUUAAUUUUCUAGUUUGGUAAAUGCGUGGUGUUGUUACACGGUUA